ACAAACUGAACAUAUUCCCUUCUCUCUUCUCUCUCUCUGUAAUCCAAGCUGACCCCUCUGGUCCGAAACUCACCCUUUCCUCUCUCUGAAAAUAAACUACAAACCAUACUGUCCGAAUCAUCGAGCCCUCUCUCUCUCUCUCUAAACUGCAAACGGCCAUAUUCCCUCCCAAUAGGCUGCCCCCUUCUCUCUCUCUCUCUCUCAGAGGUUUAAUGGAAAUCCUUAUUCCAAUCCCCAAUUCUCACCCAUUACCAAACACCCAACCGUGAUUUCGCCCAAAGCCCACCCUGUCUCAUCCUUUAAUGGGCUUUUCCAAUCACCCAAAUGGAUACACACACCAUUGAACCAACAAUCCUAAUACCCAAACCUCAUCUGAACGAACACAAGCAUGAGUUUCUCUAUCUACCAUCAUCAACAUGACCAACCUCGGAUCCUUUCGAAACUGUGCGAAUCAAACUCCCUUUUGUGACCAUGGUUCCUUCUCACUUCCCUUCUCCUCAGACUCGAAACCAUAACGGCAAGGGAUGCUUCUUGGAACCAGGCAAUUUCAUGGAAGAUUUUGCACUCUGUUUGUACCAAAUUAACUGUGACAAUUACAUUGGAUCAGACCUAACCAGUGAUUUCAUGGCUGAAGAGGACUCGAGAACCAGUAGCUUCAACGAAGCUGGAUCAAGCUCCAGGGUUCUUCAAGAAGAAGAAGAUAACUGGCUCCAAUUAGGGUUAGGGUUAGGGCAAAGAGAAAAUCGCCAUGAAAGCAGCAGAGGAUUAGUAGAGCUCGAGCUUUUGCCUAAUCGCCAAAUCGAGCUGGCUAAUAUUAGGCCCCCUCCCUUCGUGUUAAAUUUACAGAGACAAAACCAUCCUCCUUUUUUGGGCGGUUUCCCAGCUCCUAGAGCGGUUUUCAGGCCACCGGAAAGUCAGUGGGCUUGGAAUUACCCAGCAAAUGUUAAUGUUUCGGGUCUUUACGGGAGGCCCUUGCCGGAAAAUCAACGGGGCUUAAACUUUCCGGCAAUUUUGCCUGCCAAAAGUGGCCUGAGAAUUGUGGACACGCCUCAAAGGACGAAUUCAGGCGUUUGGUUCGUUUUAGAAGCGAAUCAGAACCUAGAGAAAGAUCGAGUUUUGCCUCAGAUACCAAGGAGCUACUUGAGAAUCAAGGACGGCAAGAUGACGGUUCAGGUGGUGAUGAAGUACCUGGCUAAGAAGCUUGGACUGGGCAGUGAAUCAGAGGUAGAGAUAACAUGUAGAGGCCAACAAGUUCUUCCUUUCUUUACAUUGCACGAUGUUAGAGAUGCCAUAUGGUGUUUGAGGGAGGAGAGGGUGGCUUUAACUUCAAGCAGCGAGCAAGUCAUGGUCUUAAGUUAUGCCAAAACGGCUUAAUCUGUGUAUUGUAUUACCUGUUUUGCUCUUUCAUUUUGCUCCUUUUUGCUUUUAUUUUGCUGCUAAUUCAUUGAGAAUGGCUUGGAGAUUCCACAUUUUGCUUAACCAAUUUUUAGGGUUGGUAAUCUCAAACGCUUGUGUAUUUCCAAGCCACAGGUAUUUUGGCUUGAUAUUCUUUUUUUCCACCCUUUUUCCUGAUAAUCGAGUCGUGAUGACUUUGCUUGCAAAGAUUUGCUGGUGCCUUUAUCCAGUGAUCAAUUAAUAUUUGAAGUGAAUUAUUAU